AUGCCUCUCCUCGAAGACAAACAGCCCAGAAUCAUCAUUGCCGGAGCUGGAAUCGGUGGUCUAACAACCGCACUAUCCCUCCACGCAGCAGGCUUCACCAACAUCCACAUCUUCGAAGCAGCCUCAAACCUCACCACUCUAGGCGUAGGCAUCAACGUGCAGCCCUCCGCCGUCUUGAUCCUCCGAAACCUUGGACUCUUACCCGCACUCAAAUCCACAGCCAUUGAAACCAAGGAACUCAACUUUUACAAUCGCCAUGGAGAUGCCAUUUUGAGUGAACCCAGGGGCGAGAGUGCUGGGUACACGGUACCUCAAUUCAGCAUUCACCGCGGGGAAUUCCAGAUAUUGUUGCUGGAUGCUGUAAAAGAACGUCUGGGCGCUGAGCGCGUGCAUCUAAGUCAUGCCCUUGCGAGUUUCGAGCAGGACGAAGAAGCGGCAGAAGGAACCAAUCCUUCAGGCACAAUCACAGCACGCUUCGUGCGCAAGGGAGAUUUGGCUUUGCAGCCGGAGAUUCCAGAAAUGGCUGGCGAUAUGCUGAUCGCAGCGGAUGGUAUCAACAGCGUAGCACGCAAACUGCUGUAUCCUGAUGAGGGCCCCCCUCGCUUUUCAGGUCGUAUUUUGUGGCGUGGAUGCCGUGAACAGGAACCCUAUCUCACUGGAGCUUCAAUGGUGUGGGCAGGACACGCAGACCAGAAAUUUAUCGCUUACCCUAUUUCCGGCAACUCCAUGCGCAAAGGCAAGAGUCUAGUUAAUUGGAUCGCGGAACUUAGAGUUCGUGACAAGGACGAUCCUGAUCUUGUCCCACCGCCUGUAGAUUGGACAAACGCAGUCCCGAAAUCGAAAUUCGAAGGAGCGUUCCAGAAUUGGCAGUGUGGUGGUUUGAGGAUGAAACAGCUCAUCGACGACACAGACAAAGUCUAUGAGUUCCCAAUGAGCGACCGCGAUCCUGUAGACCGAUGGAGUCACGGCAGGUUGACACUAUUGGGUGACGCCGCUCACCCAAUGUACCCCAUCGGCAGCAACGGCGCCUCCCAAGCCAUCAUCGACGCAGAAGCCCUGACCAACUGCCUCCUCAACAACCCCAUCAACAUUCCCCUCGCUCUCUCCCAAUACCAAGCCAUCCGCCUGCCUCCUACCGCCAAAAUCGUCAUGGCAAAUAGAGCAAAUGGUCCUGAUCAUGUGCUUCAACUUGCUCACGAGAGAGCUCCAGAUGGCUUCAAGAAUAUCUAUAAUGUGAUUCCCAAGGACGAAUUGGAGGGAGUGGGUAAGCAGUAUAAGUUAGUCGCUGGCUUUGAGAUGGAUUCAGUUAAUCAGAAGGCGAAGGAGACGGAGGGAGUGGCUGAGAAGGCUGGAUUGAAGAGCCCGGUCAAGUGGACUGUGGGUGGCAAGAGCGGUUGA